CAUCACAAUAACGUCGCGGCAGCACGCAGCGUCGCCAUUUUUCAGCUCUUUGUGCGCAACUGUCUGCUAAGAGUUUACGUAUUCUUGUCGAGCGAUUCAUCGCCGGGUUUUAAUUCCCUUACACAAAAUGCAAGGAAACCGAGGCCCACAGCAGAACCACGGGCCGAACCGCCCGGGCGAUCAGAAAAAACCCGGAGGAACAAACGCCAACGGCCAGCAGCCGCAGCCCAGCGAGCAGAACAAUCCCAACGAGGCCUUAACCCUGGAUCUGCAGAGCUUCAGGAAGCCCGGGGAGAAGACCUUCACCCAACGCAGCAGGUUAUUUGUUGGAAACUUGCCGACCGGAGUUAACGAGGAAGAUCUCGAGAAGCUCUUCAACAAGUAUGGCAAGGCCAGUGAAAUCUUCAUUAACAAAGAAAGAGGUUUCGGCUUCAUUCGGCUGGAGACCAGGAUCAUAGCAGAAAUCGCCAGAGCCGAGCUGGACGAUGCUCCGUUCAGAGGCAGGCCCAUACGGGUGAGGUUCGCGACACACGGCGCUGCUUUAACUGUGAAGAACUUACCUGAUUUUGUGUCCAACGAGCUACUGGAGGAGGCCUUCGGCGUCUUCGGGCAGAUAGAAAGAGCCGUGGUCAUAGUGGAUGAUCGAGGGAGGCCCACGGGGAAGGGAAUAGUGGAGUACACCUCGAAGCCGGCUGCAAGAAAGGCUUUGGAUAAGUGCAGCGAUGGUGCCUAUCUCCUCACGGCCUUUCCUCGACCCAUCACGGUGGAACCUAUGGAACAGCUCGACGAAGAGGAGGGACUCUCAGAAAAAAUCAUAAACAAAAACCAGCAGUAUCACAAGGAGCGCGAGCAGCCGCCGCGUUUCGCCCAGGCGGGCUCCUUCGAGUUUGAGUACGCCAUGCGUUGGAAGGCCCUGAUGGAGAUGGAGAAGCAGCAGUACGACAUGGUGGACCGCAACAUGAAGGAGGCGCAGGAGAAGCUGGAGGCUGAGAUGGAGGCAGCUCGACACGAGCAUCAAGUGAUGCUGAUGAGACAGGACCUGCUGAGGCGGCAGGAGGAGCUGCGGAGGAUGGAGGAGCUCCACAGCCAGGAGGUGCAGAAGAGGAAACAGGCCGAGAUCCGGCAGGAGGAGGAACGCCGGAGGCGGGAGGAGGAGAUGAGGAUGCGCAACGAGGAGAUGCUGAAGAGGCAGCAGGAGGGCUUCAGAGGCAACUUCGCUGAGAAUAGGGAGCAAGACAUGAGGAUGCAUAUGGCCAAUCACGGGAUGAACAGAAACUCGCUGGGCGGCAAUGCCGGUCCUGCCGGUGCUCCCGGCAUGGCCGCCGAGAAUGCGCCGAUGAUGCCAGGGCCAGGUAACAACAACAACAUGCCCGGAGGAGGCCAGGCUGGCUUCCCUAGAGGCCUCCCUGGACCUGGAGACUAUGGACCUAAUAAGCAACGCAGAUUUUGAAUCACGUGUCUUUUUUUUUGUCUUUUUUUCCUCCCCCCUCCUUCACUCGCUGUAUUUUAAAGUUCAGGUAGUGAGUUUUACUUUUUGAACUUUGAAAACUGUUGCAUGAAUAUAAUUUUUUUGUACCUUGAGUUGUGUCUUUAGUACUAAAAUGUCAUAACUUCAAAAUGAGCCAUGUCUUUAACUUUAUCUUUUCACCUUUAGUGUGUUUUUCAUAGGGAUAGAAAAUGUUCUCGUCCUGGACAUGUUGACUAUUCUGGAAUAAAUUCAUGAUUCCCUAA